UAGUCACUGAGACUUUGAACUGAAACCGGCUGUCGCACAGCUCACAGCGAAGCUCACACAGACAGGCUGUGUAGCGGUUAGGCUAUCGAGUUUGAAGCCUGCUUAGAAGUAUAUUAAUCUAUUAAUGUCGUUUGAGUUGAUACAGUAUAUAAAAUAUACUCUUAUUAUACGCAAUUCAGAAUUGUUCUUUUGGUCGGAUCAGCGACAUCUCAGGUAAUUUGCGGAACUGGGCUACUGGCCAUCCAAUAACUCACGGAUUACUUCAUUGGAAUAUCAGUAUCUACCAGCAGCAAACAGAAGAAAUGGCUCCCUAAACUACUGGAAACUUUAACUUCUUUCAUCAACUAAAACGACUGGGAAUAUGGGGAAAUGGCGUUUGUCAAUGGACCCAGUGCAGGAGUGGGGGGAGGAGGUGGAAGAGGGGGCCGUGUUCGGCAUAACGCUAUGUAGGGAGCCUGUGCUCCCCAGCCCCUCACCCAGGUCCCCUCAGAGCCUCUCACUAUGUCCCCGUCGACUCCAUCGGCUUUCAACUUCAUCCAGUACCACACAGUGAAGGUGCGUCGGUUUGAAAGCGGGGACCCUGGAGCGCCUGGUAACCCACCUGCUGGACUCAGAACACCAGGAAUCUGACUAUGUCAGAGUGUUUCUGUCCACCUACAGAACCUUCACCACCUUCCAACACACUCAUAGAACUGCUCUUCCAGAGGGAUGAUAUGAUUGCCAACCUGGACAACACAGUCUGCCCAAGGAGCACCCUGGUGCCCCUGAUCAGAACCUGGCUAGAGGAACACAGGGAGGACUUCAGGGAACCCCCUCGGCACCCCUCCCUGAGGCUGCUCUGUUUCCACCUCCGCCACCGCCUCGCCUUCCGUCGCCUCGCACAAACAGCUGAGACGCUGCUCAAGAAGCUCCAGGAAGAAGAUCGCAUUAGUCUGCAUCAGUCUGCACCAAUAGAUAAUAGUGAUUGUCAGCAGAAAGAGGAGGGGUCAGGAGAGGAGGGAUCAGGAGAGGAAGUACCGAAGGAGGCGACUGGAAACUUUAUGGACUUCCCUGUCAUUGAAGUGGCAGAGCAGCUGACACGAUUGGAUGCUGACCUCUUCAUCAAGGUGGUCCCGUUUCAGUGCCUGGGCUGUGUCUGGUCUCAGCGGGACAAGAAGGAGAGCCGCAACGUGGUGCCCACCGUCCGUGCCACCAUCGCCCAGUUCAACGCUGUCACCAACCGGGUCAUCACCUCCCUGCUGUGCUCCUCGUCAACGUCUCUGAUCUCUGUCUCCUCCUCAACCCUGAGUCCAUCUACGGCCCCUAGCUCCCCUCUCCUCCCCGACACCAGCCCCACCCUCAGGGCCAGGGUCCUAGAGUGGUGGAUCGCCAUAGCACAGGAGUGCAGAACGCUGAAGAACUUCUCCUCUCUGAGAGCCAUCCUGUCAGCCCUGCAGUCCAACGCUGUGUAUCGCCUCAAGAAGACCUGGGCUGCCGUCAACAGGGAUUGUAUGGCCUGUUUUGACCAGCUGUGUGAGACGUUCCCAGAUGAGAACUGUUUUCUGACCAGCAGAGAGAUCCUGGUGGAGGAUGGCAGCCAGCCGGAUGACACCCCCAAGUCACCCCAGCUGUGCCCCAUGUCUAAACAGAUGAGCCCUACCAGUGGUGUAGUCCCCUACCUGGGCACCUACCUGACAGUCCUCACCAUGCUGGAUACUGCACUCACAGACACAGUAGAGGGUAGCCUCAUUAACUUUGAGAAACGUAGACGGGAGUUUGAGAUCCUGUCUCAGAUUGGCCAGCUGCAGGCGUUCUGCUCCUGCUACAGCCUCCCGGUAGACCAGACCAUCUCAGCCUGGCUGCAGAACCACACCAUGCUCAAUGACCAGGAGAGUUAUGAGCUGUCCCGUGCUCUGGAGCAUCCGGUCGACCCGUGUCCAAACUCGCCCUCUUCCUGGAGCCAGCGCCUGCUCAACAAGAAGCUCCCCUCCAGAAAGACCCAUUCAGACCAGCUCAGUGUGUCGUCAUCAGGCUCCAGUGGUUCUGAGAUGGAGGAUCUGUCCUCACCACAGCCCUCGCCCCUCAGAGUCAAACUCAAGUCUCUGUCAGGCUCCCUCCACAACGUGUCUGAAGGCCUCUCCUCCAACACCACCUCCCCCACUCCCUCCAACACCUCCUGCAGCUCCUCCCAGCCCGACCUCUCCUACUCCUCUAUGGCCAUGAGCACUGACUGCUCUUCCUCCUCCUCCUGUUGCUCCUCCUCCUCUCCUCUGUGCUCUAAGCCCGUCUAUAACAAGCAGGUAGCCGACUCCUGCAUCGUGAGGGUGAGCGUGGAGUGCGGCAACAACGGCAAUGUCUAUAAGAGCAUUCUGCUGACCAGUCAGGACCACACUCCUCAGGUGAUCCAGAGGGCCCUGGACAAACACAACCUGGAGAACAUGAGCUGUACAGACUUCAGCCUCACACAGCUGCUGUCCCAGGACAAAGAACUCCAGAUCCCUGACAAGGCCAACGUGUUCUACGCCAUGGCCACCUCGGCCAACUAUGACUUUGUCCUCCGCCAGCGCUGGAGGAGCCACAGCAGACGCCUGGGCACUUCUUCUAGCCCCGGGGCCCAGGCCAGGGGAUGCCAUGCCAAGUAGACGGCACCACAGCUCCACCUCCUAGUCUGGAGGGAGAACUACAGCAAUAGAAAAGGGUAGAAGUGGAAUUGUGCCCCACUGGAACCAUGGCGUAGUCACUGUAACUGAGCUAGCUGCUGAUGCUUGGUAGAAAUGCGCAUUUAAGCCUUUCAUUGGCCACAGCCUGAGAACUUGCAUUGUGAACACCAUUAUGAAGCUUCUGCACCAGGACGUGGUUGACUCAUCAUUGGAAAGGAGAUUAUUUUGAUACUCAUGGAUUCAAGGAUGGGAAUAGAUGCGUUCCAGGAGGUUCCAUAUUGAAGGAUGGAAAACCAAGAGAGAUAAAUAUGCCAAGAGGUGCUGUUUUGAGGGGAUAGGUAUAUGGAAGAUGGAGUACUCAGAGAUUGAAACUGAACAGGUGAAUUGAAGUGACGCAAGCAGACAUUUUGUGGCCUUAUAUCCACUUCGGUGGAUUGAAGCCAUCUGGAUGUCAAUGGAAGAAAUGAGAAAUCUUCCACAACCAUUUUUAUUUUCUACACAAGACUAACACCAGCUAAUGUCAACAAAUAUGCUAUGGCACUUUAGAAUGUUGACCAGUGUAUCGAACCAGCACUGCAUGUCAUUAAUUUAGCUCUGAACAGCAAAGACUAUUAUCAACACAAGUGACUAUGCAUCUACUUAUUUGUGGAGAAAAGGAACCUGGAGGCAGGAAAUCUCCCUUUCUACUCUAAAUAGGUGUGUUAUCUUCCAACAUAAAGUGCAUGCAGGUCAUUGACCCUGGGUCGAUGGAAGUGUCCAACAUGAUUGAGUGGGGUGUGUAGGUCUCACAUAAUGAUGCAGUCCUUAUGGGCUGAGGGGAUGACCAUUCACAUGGUACACCCCUGGGUACGCAGUUCUAACAUUUCAGAAAGUGAGGAAGGAAAGGUACAUUUAAGUGUUGAAGCAGGAUGUGUUCCAUAGGCUUUAGAUAGAUAUAUAUAUAUACAUACACACACAGACCGAGACAGAAAUAAUUAACAACGGUAGAUAUGAUAGUGUUAUUAGCAAUAUGAAUAUAGACCAGAUCGUUUCAGAAAUUGUUCUCAAUGCUAUGUUGCAUUUCAGUGUUUCAGCUUUGAGCGAGGGGAUUUUUUUUAAUACAAAUUAUAAAGUGAUAUUUGUUUGUAAUUUGAAUUGUUCAAUGGAGGGAGGGGCAGUGCCUGGUAAAUGUACAGUAUGUUUAAUGUCUUAACUAUAAUGGGAUGAUGGCACUUUAAGUCUCUUAUCAGACCGUUUGUUUUGAAUGUCAAAUGAAGGAUAUAAACAGUGUAUAGAACAUUAAUGACUCACACUGACCAGGUGAAAGAUAUAAUCCCUGAUGUCACCUGUUAAAUCCACUUCAAUCAAUGUAGAUGAAGGUUCAUGGAUUUUUAAGCCUUGGAUUUUCUAUAUGUCACAGGGUGAAUGGCAAGACAAGAUUUAAAUGCCUUUCAACAGGAUAUGGUAGUAGAUUGCAGGCACACCGGUUUGUGUGUGUCAAGAACUGCAACACUGCUGGGUUUUUCACGCACAACAGUUUCUUGUGUGUAUCAAGAAUUGUCCACCAACCAACUUGACAUAACUGUGGGAAGCAUUGGAGUCAACAUGGGCCAGCAUCCCUGUGGAACGCUAUUGGUACCUUGUAGAGUCCAUGCCCCAAUACAUUUAGGCUGUUUUGAGGGGAAAGGAGGUGGUACAACUCAAUAUUAGGAGGGUGUUCUUACUGUUUUGUACACUGUGUUUUUCUAUAUGUGACUACAGGUGUUCUGAAGAAAUGCAGAAAAAGAGAGCGGAGGAGGGAGAGGGUUUCUUCCCCCAAACAAUGUCUGAUAACAAACCCCUAACCCCCCCCAUGGUAAAAAAAAAUGACCCAUUUGAUUUCAGUGGGGAUGAGAAUGACUAUUGAAUGUGGAUGUUGAAAGACACAGAAUGUGAUGGUGUUAUUUAUGGUGAAUUCAUUAGCCGGUGUGAGGGCAGUGGGUGGUUGGUGAAUGUGGGUAUUGCUGAUAGUGUUGUGAGGUGUAGAACUGUUUACAAGUCAGAUGGGGAGACAACAGAGAACAAGCAUGAAUUGACCUUUUGUGCUGCUUAAGAUUUAGCUGAAACCCCUAUCAGUGUUUUAUUCGGAGAGUCAUUUGUAUACAUUUGACUAAACUUGUGAGGACCAGAAGUCCUUACUAGAAUAGUAAACCAACAUCUUCAGAGAAGUGAGGACGUUUGGCCGGUCCUCACUUAUAAAAAGGCUAUUUUAGGGUUGUGGUUGGGGUUAGGGAAAAUAGCAUUUUGAAUGGGAAUCAUUGUUGGUCCCCAAAACGUCCUCACGAGUUUAGUAAGACAUAGUUGGGUGUUUUAAUUCAAGCACUUUUCUUUCAAUGUCACUUUGUUUUAAACUAUGGGAUAUUGAUUAAUAAAGAUUUAAUAUACUCAACUCAUGUUGACUUUGCAUUAUAUCUUACGCACUAGUCACCUAGACCAUGCAAAAAAUAUAGCUUCAUUUUUCAUGAUCGAGGUCUGUAUUGCCCCGUUCUGGAACUAUAAAUAGGGAGGGACUGGUUAAAAAGUAAACAAAAGCAUCCCUUCGACCUAUGCAUGUGAGCAUUUUUGUACCUGAAGUUUGUAGAGACUGUGUGGUGUUGUUGCUAUGCUGUGUCUGAGAACCAUUUGGAGAACCAUGCUGUUUGAAGAAAUGUCUUGGGUGUGGAAAGGUAAUUCCACUGUUUACUUUGAUUGCUAGUGUUUUUGUUUGAGUUUGACAGACUAGCAUUAUUUAUUGCUUUAUCAAUUAAAAUACCUUACUGUCACUGCA